AUGCCGGAAUACGAGUUUUCGCUUAACUGCUCCCGCGCUCCCAUCGACGACGCGCAGGAGAUACUGCAGAGCCGCUUCCCCGUGCCGAGAUAUAUUGAUACCGAACAUGGUGGAUCACAGGCCCGGUUCCUCUUGUCGAAGGUGAAUCCGUCGCAAACGCACAACAAUAUGUACGCGUACGGAGGGGCGAUGCCGAUACCAUCUGCGGACGGUGGCGCCCCCGUGUUGACGGACGAUGUUUCGCUGCAAGUAUUCAUGGAGCACCUAAAGAAGCUGGCGGUGUCCUCCACCGCCUAAAUGACGAUUGUGUGCAGUAUUGGAACUGUUACCUUACGUACAUGGUUUUUGUAGGUGUCGAUAACAGGUGCCGUUACCUUAAUGUGGAUUAUGGAACUAUUGUGGUCGUCUUUUUUUAAUUGUUAAAACAGGUAUAAUUGCGCGAUAUUUUAAUACUGUGGCAGUAGGUGAUAAAUAUACAUCGCAUUUAUUCGUAUAAUUUGAUAGUGUUAUUAACUAAUGCUAUUUUGUCAUUGUAAAAAUAAUGGUUAGUUCAUGAAAUAGAGAUUAAUUAUGUCAUUGUUGAACACUGUUAAUGAUUUUCUACAAGGACAUGAUCGCUAUAAUAUCAUUUUUUCAUCAUUAAAUGCCAGGAACUUAGGUGAUUAGCAAGUCAGUAACAUUGUAUUAAAUUGGUUAUUUGUACGUGACUAUGUGUGUAAAACGUAACUUGUAAAGGCAUAAAGGACUCGUUAGUAUUAAACAUCGUUUAUUCUUUGAAGGUACUCAGAUUAAGACAAUACGAUGACUAUAUAAUGAGAAAAUGUUCUAAGUAUGCGCCGGAGUUGUUGAAAGGUACAAUGUUAAAUAAAUAAGGGAAAUAUAUACGUAUAUUCUUUGCGGCAACUCAUGAAAUCUCAGUAUGGACUUGUCAGAAUUUAAAGCCAAGGUCAUUUACUUUCAUCAUAUUAAUUCGAAAUGUAUGUGCGGUGUAGAAAACUUACCUUAACUCUUUUGAAUAUAUUUGAGAACAGGAAAUAGUCUAAUAUCUAAUUCUGUAGUGGGGACAGUUCCAUAGAUCGUGUACACAGUUUAAAAAUAAUCUUUAAUAAUUUAAGUUAUAUUUUCUACAAUAUAUUGUACAUUUAUGAGAUGCAAUAAAAGUGUUUAUGGAAUAUA